AUGUCAGAUCAAUGCUCUUCUUUUCUCGAUCCAUCUGUUGUUGGCUUUUUGUUUGCCUCCUCGUUGGCAGUCGGAAUAUCCUUUUCCUAUGUUCCCCAACACAUCAAAAUCAUCCACCGAAGAACCUCAGAGGGUAUUUCUCCUUUAUUCUUAUUGCUAGGUACUACAAGUGGGAUAUCUGCCUUUUCAAAUUUAAUUCUUCUUAGUCACUUUUCCAUAGAUUGUUGUUAUUCUUUUCCCUUGACUGUCUUUGAAUGUUUGAGUUCCCAAUUGGGCAUGAUACAAGUUGGUGCUCAAGCCAUUUGUGCCACUUUAAUACUAGUAUUCUGUAUCUACUGCACUAAAAAUUCACCAACUCAAGAUAAAAUUGAAUAUGAAAAACUAUACCACAUCUGGAAAUUCAUAAUAGUCUAUAGUAUUGUCCAUGUUUGUUUGAUCUUGUUUAUCUUUUUGAUUAAUCUUCAUCUAUUAAUUCCAUUGGCCAAUUUACUAGGCGUAACUGCAACUAUACUAGCUUCUUUUCAAUAUUUCCCACAAAUCUAUACGACUUUCAAAUUAAAACACACAGGCUCUUUAUCUGUUCCAAUGAUGUGCAUGCAAACUCCAGGUGGUUUCGUCUGGACUUUAUCCCUAAUAUUAAGACCUGGUGCUAUUUGGAGCAGUUGGUUACCUUAUUUAACGGCUGCUACUCUACAGGGUAUUCUUCUAUUAAUGUGUAUCUUUUACCAAUAUAAAUAUCCAACUUUGAAAUCAGAUCAAAAUUUAUUAAUAAUUCCUGAUGAUUCAAAUUCAUAA